UGGACAAAACGCCAUCGCUUUUAGGCUGCUUGAUUGGAUAUUUGCUUUUUUUCAGGCGUGAUCUCAUUUCCUGUACAGUGACAAGCUCUAUUUAUUUAUUUAUUUAUUCAUCUGCCCAGGCUGGAAAUGUACGCGACUGGUUUCGGAUGUUGCCGUGUAUAACGGAGACGGAGACGGAGACGGACGGGAGUUGAUGCGGCUGUCAGAUCUCUCCAGUGCACGAAAUGGUUCGCGAAAGCUACACGAGCGUCGUUCUUUGAUUAAAAGGCGGCCUAGUUUUGAUGUAGCCCAAGCCUGCAAGAGCUGUGCAGAACUGCCUCUCCAGGACGUUUGAAGGCCUGUUGUUGAAUCUGUCCUGCCUGAUAGGAUGUCUAUCACGGACCACAGCCCCACCACCGGGGUCGUCACUAUUAUUGUGAUACUGAUUGCCGUCGCUGCGCUGGGGGCUUUAAUUCUGGGUUGCUGGUGCUACUUGCGGCUGCAGCGCAUCAGUCAGUCUGAAGACGAGGAGAGCAUCGUGGGUGAAGGUGAAACCAAGGAGCCCUUCUUGCUGGUCCAGUAUUCGGCCAAAGGCCCGCGGGUGGAGCACAAGACCAAGCUCACCCCUAACGGUCCCGAGAGCCAGACCUAAGUCCUACCGUCUCCCCUCGCAAUGUAUACGGUGUCGUUUUUGCGGUCUAAAAGAAUCUCGAACCUCGCUGUGUCGCCCCGCACCAACGUGAAACCACAAGCUGAUGAACGGAGACCAACCUAGUGCAUGCGGUUGUCUAGUUGCUUUGACUUGAUUUUAUUUAUUUUUUUCCUCGCCCGUUUUGUGGUGGUACAGAGCCCUGUCAUAAUGUGAAAUCGACGAUCGUCAGCGUUUUGUGCCAUUCUGUUUGUUUGUAAAGCCGUAAACGAGUUCCUAGGCUAAAUCAAGAUGAAGCUGAUUUCUUUGGUGGCGUUUUUACUUUAUUGUUCGUCCAGAGCUGGCUCUGGGAUUAAGAAAUUCAACACGCAUUGUAAUGGACUUUAGAUCCAUGUUAAAGUUUUAUCCUGUUUCUUUAAUCUUAAAAAUAAAGGCCUCUGUUGGCAUCUGUGGUUCCGUAGAGAACCUUUAACAUCCAUUUUACAAAAAGUUCUUUUAAGAAUUGUUCAUUGAUAUUGGCUCUUUUAUGGCAUUGCUGUGAAAACUCCCUUUUUGAACUUUUUUUUUGUUUUUAAGUGUUGAAUUGCAAUACAACAGAAAUGUUUUUUCAUUACAAAUAAGCACUUCAGGAUACCAUAACUUGCCAAAUGAUGUACACUGGCUUUUGAAAGCUCUUACAUUACAUUUAGACAUGUUCAGAAUCAUGGUUAGCACUUUUUAUCCGUAAUGUGACACACAAGUGAUUUUUGUAAACAGCGUUUGCUGGUUCUGGUUUAAACCUGCUAGGAAACCACUAUAAGAAAGAAAGCCGAUGACCGAGGUGAUUACUGUGAUCCCUGAGGCGUUCGUUUUUUGUGGUUGAGCACAUUUCUACGCCGCGAGAAGUCAUUUGAAAGUGUAAAUAUUAUUUUUAUAGGUGGCUUAAUGCAUAACUGGAUACUGAAAAGUCAUUGUCUUGAGUUUUUAACCCGUUCCUUCUCAGUAUUAUUUUUGGUUCAAUUAAUUCUGUUUUUGUGAUAUCGCACUGUUUGCUGUUUGUACAUGUAAGAUGAAAGUGAGAGAAAUUAUUUAUUUUUAUACAGUAUUCAUGCAAAUGUUGUCUAUUGAGGCAAAAUCAACAGUCAGGCGUAUAGAGAGGUAGAUGAAGCCUGAAAAUGCAGCUGAAAUGAUUUCUUUGGUGUUGCUGAAGUUUUCGGGUUCUGUCUCGCAUUUGAAAUCGGCAGAUUUUUUUUUGUGUGUGUGUGCAUUAUGUGCUGUUCAAUAUACAGAAAGGACGGUACACGCAUGUUAAUUUAAUGUGCAUAUUUGAGAAAAGCAACUUUUUCUUAGUAAAGCGCUCGGUAUACUGCUUUUGUCACUCCAGCCAGUGUGUCUGUCCAGUGUUUGACUAAACUGAACAAUAAAACUUCUGUGACUAGGAAAA